AUGAUCAUCAACUCAUCAAUUUCAUCUACUGAUCGUGCCUCUUAUUCAUUAAUAUCCACACUCCUCCUCCUCCUCCUCUUCUUCUUCUUCUUCUUCUUUUUCUUCUUCUUCUUCUUUCUAAAUAUUUCUCUUACAUUGGUAGUUUUCUUUCUUUCUUUCUGUCAUUCUUUCUUUCUGUCUGUCUUUCUUUCCGAAAAAAAAUACUUGUCUUUUUUUCUCUCUUUCUUUCGUUCUCUGGUUCUGGCUUUCUUUCUCUCUUUCUCUCUUUCUUUCUUUCUUUCUUUCUUUCGUUCUGUCGCCCUUUCUUUCUCACAAACACACUUCUCUCUUUCUUUUUCACAACCACACUUGUCUCUUUCUUUCCCACAAACCCACCCAUCUCUUUCUUUCGUUUCUCUCCCUUUCUUUCUUUCUUUCUUUCUUUCUUUCUUUCUUUCUUUCUUUCUUUUCUGCACUCUUUACUUUCCCUUCUUUUCCUUAUUAUUUUUACUUUUUGUUUAA